AUGUUGCAAAAGCAGCAUAACGAAAGGAAAUUAACCAAAACUUUCGGAAAUUACGUCCUUUUCGCUAGCGCCACAGUUAUUGCCGCCAAAAUCGUUAGCGCUAUAAUCGUUGCCGCUAAAAUUGUUAGCGCCGAAGGCGGCACCUCCCGGCGCCAAUACAAACGCUGCACCUUUACGGGGAACCGCGCGGCUCUAAAGCUUAAGCCUGCCUUUUCGUUUAAACGGCGAUAG